CACGAUGUGAGCAUCAGAAGCCCAAUGCGUCGUCGUUCAGGGCAAAAGAAAGUGUUGAGAUUGAACAACGAAACACAGUUGCAGAAGGAAACGUGGCUCUGCGACUAAACCCAGAACCCUAUUAUUGCUUUGGCUCUGAAAAUGGUGGUGAGGAUUCGGCUCUCGCGGUUCGGAUGCAAGAACAAACCCUUCUAUCGGGUCAUGGCUGCUGAUAGCAGAUCUCCCAGAGAUGGCAAACACCUAGAAGUUCUCGGUUACUACAAUCCCUUACCAGGUCAAGAUGGUGGCAAGAGAAUGGGUCUCAACUUCGAUCGGGUGAAGUAUUGGCUUUCUGUUGGAGCUCAGCCUUCAGAGCCUGUGGAACGGCUUCUAUUCAGAGCUGGGGUUCUGCCUCCACCACCUAUGGUGGCAAUGGGGCGUAAAGGUGGACUGCGUGAUACUCGCCCUGUCGAUGCUCUAACCGGGCGUGUACUGAAUCAAGAGAAGCCGGCUAAUGAGAAGAACAAUGACCAUGAACAUGAAGCUGCUGAAAACCCUUUUUAGGAUGCCCACCUUUCUGCUGACUAUAUUAUUCUAGAUAUGUUUUUGAUUUCUAGUUUACCAAUUGGCUUACCGGGAGAACUGAAUAGAAUAACUAGUGUUUGUUUGUAGAAGUUGGGUUCUUUUCUGGGGUAAGACAUUCAUCAAUUUUGUUGGCCAAUAACUGUUAUGUGUAAUUGAGUCAAUGGAAGUGAAUUGGUAGGCUAUCCUGCUCUGGUUUGCGUGCUACUUUUGUUUUGAGGAACUUCUUAAAGCUGCUAGGGCGAUAGCAAAGGUAGUUCAUUUCAUUUUGGUCUUAUUCCUUCAUUGCUCUGUAAAGGGAUUUGUGGUAUUUUGUACUCUCCAGUUGAUUUCUUUGUUUCUGUGCGUGCAUUCUUGAAAUGUUACCCAUUUAUCCUGCUCUCAUACCGCAUUCCUGAGAGUAUGUUAUUCUAUUGUGUAAUGAAGCCUGAGAGCUAUUUGUUUGUUUGGUAACUCAGGUAGCAAUUGUCUGAGUUUUGGGUCUGAACUGAUAUGGCGAUUGUCAUUCUAUUGUUUAAUACUUUGUAGCAAAUAUCGGGGAACUCUAGUCAGCUA